UGGGCAUCAUUAAAAAAUCGUUUGUUCAAUUAACAACAAGUGUGAAGUGUGCUGCGACAAUAGCUGGAAAGAAGGAUAAACCCAUCUUUGGAUUACAUUAACCAAGAAAUUUCAUUAUUCAAAAUGAAAAACUUUGCACUUUGCCUGAUUGCCACCGCGCUCCUCUGUCUGGCCGAAGCUGCGCCCAAACCUCAAGGCGCCGAGCCAAUUGCGAUUAUAAGCCAGGAAUCCAAUAUCGAACCGGAUGGAGCCUACAAUUAUGCCUACGAGACGGCUAAUGGCAUCAAGGCUGAAGAAACUGGCACCGUGAAGAAGGCCAGCUCACCGGACUCCACGGAUGUGAUCAUUGUCAAGGGCUCCGUGUCGUAUACUUCACCUGAGGGAGAGUUGAUCACCCUCAACUAUGCAGCCGAUGAUGAGAACGGUUUCCAGCCACAGGGUGCACAUUUGCCCACUCCACCACCAAUCCCACCAGCGAUCCAGAAGGCGCUCGACUAUCUGCUGAGCUUGCCGCCUGCAACACGUCGCCGUUAAGGUGACAGUAGUUGAUGGAAAUGCCGAACAAUCAUGUAUGCCGGGUGUUAGAUAAAUGAGAAAUGAAUGUGACCAUGCAACCGAUUCUGAUAUUCUAUAUACUCAAAUGAAGCAAUUUGCUGCUUUCCCAAAAUCAAUAAUCGAAGCCUAAAAGCGAACAUCAACAUCGAGCAGCUGACUGAAGAACACAAACUGCACACACACACACACACAGAUACGGAUACACACACACACCCACACCCACAGAGACGAGCACACACAUUUUUCCUUUUCUCAGCUCUUCUUCUCUUCUCUAUCCUUUACCCCAAUCUUUUCAUUUUAUUCUUUCGUCUUUAUUCUUAUACUGUGCUUAAGAUCUUUUAGUCGCCGGAACUUUGCCAUUUUCGGACUCAUGUGAUAUCAUCGAUUUGUUAAUGAAAUCAAGAAGAAAAUGUUAAAAAAAAAAAAACACGAAUAUAUGAAGGAGAUAACAAGAAAUAUAAUAAUAAUAAUUCUUGUGUAAAUAGUCUAUAUAACUGUAAUCUUUUGCACGUAAUACGAGUAUAAGCGAUGAUGGAUGACGAUGAAUGACGAUGGAUGACAAUGUACCUACUUAUUCAAUUAUUUACGAAUCGUUGGUUUUUGUUCGUAACGUAUCAAAUGACAUAAGCACAUGAGAAGAACUUAAAUAUCUUUAGCCUUAGCUGCAAAUAAAGAAGUAAUGAUUCUUUGCCAAAAAAAAAA